UCAGGGGCGAGACCGACAGGCAAGAGCCAUUGUGUCUAUCGCAAGCACUCGUAACGCUGAGUGAAAGCCCGUCAGAGACAACUCCUAUCUUCUGUUUCAUUUGCAGCCUCCGGAGUCCAGUGUCGGCUUCGUUAGUGGCUCCACUUCUAUGGACCCCGGAGAAGGACGAUCAGCAUUCUGCCUCCUACCGCUAGAGAACGCUGAGGACAGUAUGGCUUCCACGCUUCCAACAACCUGGCCCCAUGAAUCUGUGAAGUUUGAAGAUGUAUCACUGAGAUUUACCGAGGAAGAGUGGGCACUGCUGGAUCGCCAACAGAAGUGCCUGUACAGGGAAAUCAUGAUGGAGAACUACAGUAACAUGAUUUCAGUAGGUAAGCCAGGCUCCACUUUAAUAAACACCUGUUUGGGUGGGUGGAGCAUGCUUUUAAUUCCAUCUUGA